AACCAAACAAACUUACCGAGCGUGGAGGUAGCAGCUACGACAGAGGCCUCAGAUGCUGCCUUGGAAAAAGCAGCCAGAUUGGCCUUCCUCAUGUUAAGGUUCAUGCCCAUGAGCUUUUACUCCAAAGUAUCAGAGAAGGCCAGCAUGGGCGUGGUAGCAGCUGACCAGGUGAUUGGGGAUUUCCCGGAGUAUGCCUCAACCAAAGAUACACCCAAAUGUAACGGAAUUUGCACGGGUGGCUGCGGUCGGACCUGUACUACUACUGGCCGGAAGUAUGACAGCCUUGUGGGAUACAGUAAGGACAGAGCAGUAGUCAAGGAGAGUAACUUGCUGUGUACGCCAGGUGAUCCGUAUAAUGGCAAAUUGAACGUGCUCAUGCAUGAGUUUGCGCACGCCAUACACUUGGUGGCCCUUGGAACCGACUUCAGGUGGCACCGUCUGCUGGAUGAAUCUUACUUGACCUGGGGUGAAAGGUGGGGUACCGGAUACGCCACCAGCGACCAGAAGGAGUUCUUCGCAGAGGCUACCACCUCUUACUUCAGGACUUCAACCCUGGGACCCGAAGCUGCUGAGAUGAACUUGUGUGGAGAUCCGAGAAAUAACACGAUAUGCCCGGAUGAAUUCUCCAGUCGUGAGAACUUGAAGACUAAAGACCCUACCUUGUUCCGAUUAGUUGACCACCUUUACUCAGGAGGCCGGACUUUCCUGCAAGGAAGAAUCGGAAUUUGUGAUUGGUGAUCAGUUGUCCAAUCAGACGACCGUACACGUGUAACAUUCUGUGUGGAAGAAUGUAAAAGAUAAAUGGACAAAUCAAAAGUGGAUGGUGUGUCCAUUGUGUUUACUUUCCUUGCUUGGAUUUGCAGUGGAAUACAUUACGAUGGAACAUCCAAUACGAAUAACUGAAGGAUACUCGAUGUAGUUUGUUUUGAUCUUUCUAGAAAAUACGAUUGUACCAACGUGACUGAAUAAGGAACACAGUUAGUCUUUUCAGGACGUAUUAUGAUAAUCGUCAAAACACACCAAUACUAAGGGGCCGUUCCACGAAACAGUUGUAAACUGCGGCUGGCGCAAUUUUCAUGACAAGAUAUAUACACUGACGAGAUAUGCCACCAGCUUUGCAGAACGUUCCCCAACUGCUUUACACAGCUUGCAUGUGAAUCUGGUAUAGAAGGUGGGGGAUCAUGUCCAUGUAUUUGACUGAUUAAACUAGAGGCCUAAACCUGUCUCAGUAUCAUUUCCUUUAUUCCAGAUAUCUCACAGCUACUGAUAAAUUGUGUUUCAAUGCUGUGGUUCAUUUAUCUCCUACUUUUUUCAGUGGUCCAUAUAAUGUUCAGUGCAAAGUCC